AUGCUAAUGUUAUUUCUUCAGUCAAUUUUGAUUUUGGCCCAACUGGGCCUAGCAAAGCAAGAGAAGAAGCAUGUUGAAUUGGUGAUGUCGCUUGAUCAGUACUACGACACAGCGAAUAAUAAUGAUUCAUACACGAUGGUUGAGUACACUACCAGUUGGUGUCAUCAUUGUAAGAAGCUUGCCCCUAAUUUUGUGGAAUUGAUGCAGUCUUAUGAGGAAGAUGCAACUGAACCGAAGGUGAACUUUCUCGAAGUCAAUUGUGAAAUAUUUGGCUCUACUAUAUGUAGUGGGUUCCCUGGGUUUCCAAUGAUCCAUCUGAUUCAACCCCGUAACAAGCCACUAGCAUUGCCUUCCACAAAGUCAUCCGAGCCACUAUGGCGGAAAGUUGUGAACUAUCUAACAAGCAAAUACAAGGAUCCAAGGUGGCAAUUGGAUUCAGAGAGAGUCAUUGAGUAUAAUGGAAGCAGGGAUGCAAAAGCUAUGAGGGCUUUUAUUGAAGCUGUAAGAGGUAAGGAUAAACGUUUGAAUCUAGUAGACAAGGUCUCGGAUUCGGAUUACGAUUGCAGUUCUGAAAAACAGCAGAAUUUGCAAAAACUCUGCGAGGAUGGCAAGAAAUAUCUGGAGAGCACUCUGUCAGGUUUCACUAGUACACAACUGGCAAAGGAACGUUUGAAAUUAGAAAAUAUUCUUCAAAAUAACGACGAAGCCAAAGAUAGUGAAGGGUACAACACCAUUAGGUUCAAAUUAGAACUCUUAAAUCGUCUGCUGAUAAACCAAGAUAUACACGACGAGCUGUAA